AAAAAAAAAGAAAAAAAAAGACUCACUAGUCCCACUUCACUUCAACAAAAAAAGAAAGACUCACUCCGACUUCAUGCUUGAUGCGUCACCUCUACUCCACCACGCCGCCGAUGUACUCCCGCCUCCUCCUCCGCCGCUCCUGCACCUCGCAGCCUUCACGCCGCUGGGAUCCCGACGCCGCCCUUGCCGAGGCCACGGAGCGCGUCCGCGCCGGGACGCUCAGCCCGGAGGACGCGCACCACCUGUUCGACGAAUUGCUGCACCAGGACACCCCGGCCCGCGCGCCCGUCCUGGACGGCUUCCUCGCCGCCCUCGCCCGCGCGCCGGACUCCUCCGCCUGCAGAGACGGCCGAGCGCUCGCCGUGGCCCUCUUCAACCGCGUGUGCCGAGAAGUAGCCGGCCCGCGGGUGGCGCCUCUCACAGCCCGUGCCUACAGAAUCCUCAUGGACUGCUGCUGCCGCGCCGGCCGCCCGGACCUGGGGCUCGCCUUCUUCGGCCGCCUCCUCAGGACGGGCCUCAAGACAAACGGCAUCGACGCCUACACCCUCAUCAAGUGCCUCUGCGGCGCGAAACGGGCCGACGAGGCUGUCGACGUGCUGCUCCGUAGGAUGCCUGAACUCGGCUGCGCACCUGAUGUCCUGUCAUACUCCCUCGUUCUGAAGUUCCUAUGUGACGAUAGCAGGAGCCAGCGAGCGCUUGACCUGCUCCGGAUGAUGGUGAGACAAGGAGGUCGAUGCUCCCCCAACACGGUGGCAUAUAGCACCGUCAUCCACGGAUUCUGUAAAGAAGGCAAAGUAAGUGAGGCAUGCGAUCUGUUCGUUGAAAUGGUGCGGCAACGGGUUAAGCCUAAUGUGGUCACGUAUACCUCGGUUAUCGAUGCGUUGUGCAAGGCCAGAGCAAUGGACAAGGCAGAGUCGCUCCUUCGGCACAUGGUCGAUAGUGGUGUUCGACCCAACAACGUGACGUAUAAUUCCAUGAUCCAUGGAUAUUCCUCGCUGGGCUUGUGGGAAGAGGCAGUUAAAAUGUUUAGAGAAAUGACAUGCCGGGGCGUUAUACCAAAUAUUGCUACAUGCACCUCAUUCAUGGUAUCCCUUUGCAAGCAUGGAAGAAGCAAAGAAGCUGCAGAAAUUGCCCUUGCGGUGAUCGAAAGUGGAAUGACGGCGAGCGCUUCCACAUACAGUGUAAUUCUGGGAGGACUUUGUGGAGACAAUUGCACUGAUGAAGCAAUCGUCCUGUUCCAGAAAUUGGGUGCAACAAACGUGAAGCUCAAUAUUGCAACGUUCAAUACCAUGAUUAAUGCAAUGUACAGGGCUCGGAGAAGAGAAGAAGCUAGCGAUCUGUUUACCGCGAUACCUGCCAACGGAUUGGUACCUAAUGCUUCUACUUAUGAAAUAAUGAUAACAAAUCUUCUGAAACAAGGAUCGAUGGAAGAAGAUGAUCAGAUGUUUUCAUCAAUGGAGAGGAGUGGUUGUGCUCCGACCUCUAUUCUGUUAAAUGAUAUCAUCAGAAUGCUGUUGGAAAAAGGUGAGAUCGUCAAGGCUGGAAAUUAUUUGGAUAAAGUUGACGGGAAGAGAAUCUCACUUGAAUCUUCAACUAGUUUGUUGAUGAUGUCUCUGUUUUCGUGUAAAGGCAAAUACCAGGAGCAAAUAAAAUCGCUUCCUGCAAGGUAUCAAUUUUACACUUCAGUCAGCGACAGUUGAGUAGUUGAUACAUUGUGUAUGAGUACAGUUCCUAGGAAGUUAUAGCUGAUUAGUUCCUUGUCAUCUGGCCCUCCUGCUGGUAUAAUAAAUGCAAGAUACUUGCUUGUAGAAAAUCAGUCUUCCAUUCUUUCA